GGGAAUAUAGAUACAUUCCAACAUGGCUGCUUCUUUGGCAAAUGAAAUCGGCAAAUUUGCGUUUAAUUUAGUGGAAAACGGUCAUGUUGUCACUUGCACGGGAGGAAUUCGCAUAGAAAAAAUUAGAAGUGGAUCAAGCGUUCGAAAACGAGGCCAAUGUGACCGUUUUACGCUCAGGAUACCUUAUGGGGGCACUAAACUAAAUUGGGAAGUUCUGUUCAAUGGUCACGAGCCACAUUUACCACCUGAUAUCAUAUUUGAUGAUGCUGAUGCAGACUUUGAACCAAAACUAGAGGAGAUGCUAUCAUUACAGUGUUGGAAUCCAGAAGAUCACGGUAGUUUAAUGGCUGUCAUUAAGGAGCUGCUUGAGCAAUACAAGAAGCAUCAACUUGAACUGCUCAAAGAAUCCUCUCCUAUCAUUCAACAUGAAUUUGAAUCAGUUCACGAGCUUUCGACUUGCACAAUCAUAGAGGUUUUUGUACUAAGAAAUUCUAAGGGCAUAGUACAACAGAUCAACUUUCUGAUGAAAUUACCUAUUGAUCUUGAUCGUCUGCCACCCUACCUCAUCAAUAAAAAUCUUGGUGAGGACAGCAUAAGUCUGUUCGUUGUUUAUCAAGGUUGUGAUGGAAAUAAUGUAUCACCACAAGUGUAUUUGUCCCCUCGUGUGGAACACGCUUUUUCCGACGUUUCACUGUUGAAUUAUCCAAAAUGGAAGGAUAGCGGCGAAUCUCUUGUCUCUUACAUCAUGGCUGUUCACGAAUUCUUCAACGCAAAGAUCGAUGAGAUCACUACCAGUUUUGAAAGGAGAAGAAAAUAUGUCGCAGCAUUUCUCAGCUCAUUUGGCACAUGUGUUCUGGAGUACGAUGUUGAAAGAUACUCGACACUUUCAUUUCUUGUCGAGUUUGACUAUUUCUACUGUAUCUGGACAAUCGAGAUUGGACUUGAGUUUCCCGAAGAGCAGCCAUUAUUUAUCAUGAAAUCCGUAUAUCAUUGCUUCGACGACAAACCUUACGAAGCAAUUGAUGACAACUAUCCGUACAGCCCGCGAUGGGGUGCCGAUGAAAUGGCAAGACGUGCUAGAACGUAUUUGGCAACUGCGAUACCUAGGUUUAAAGCGGCUUCAAUCAAGAAUAAACCAUAUCAACCGCCAGGAUUGUAAAAGUAAAUACUUCCAAUUGUAAAUAUGGUAAUAUGACAAUGUACUUGUAUGUACUUGUAUGUACAAAACGAACUCCGUUUGUGACAGUUAGUGCCUUAUCAAGUCCACAGAGCAACUUUCUGGUGAUAACGAAGGAUUUGUCGGCUUUCAAUGGGGAAUGUAUAAUAAAACAAUCGAUAUAAGUAGCUCACGUAACCUUGAACUAUAUGAACUAUCUAUCAUCAUGUUUUUAAAUUCAUUAAUUAGCUUGUUACGUAAAAUUUGACGUACGAAAGCUCUUGUUACUAAAGCUGCAUGUUUGUAACAAGAGCCUUUUCGCAUUACCUUUUGUUUACAAUUGAAAAUGGCAGCACUUGGCUUUAGUUCAUUGUUGCUUUUAACUGUUAUUA